GACGUCACACGGCGCGGCCGGGCGCGGGCGUGCGAGGUUUAGGCGCCCAGGCUUUGAGGCUUAGGGUUUGCACUAGUGCAUGUGUAGGCGUCCCGCUUUGAAAUGCAGCGGGAUUUAGUGAGUUUCCCGCUGUCUCCAGCGGUGCGAGUGAAGCUGGUGUCUGCAGGUUUCCAGACUGCUGAGGAACUCCUAGAGGUGAAACCUUCCGAGCUCAGCAAAGAAGUUGGGAUAUCUAAAGAGGAAGCCUUAGAAACUUUGCAGAUUAUAAGAAGAGAGUGUCUCACAAAUAAACCAACAUAUGCUGGUACAUCUGAGUCAGGCAAGAAGUGUACAGCGCUGGAACUUCUUGAGCAGGAGCACUCCCAGGGCUUCAUAAUUACCUUCUGUUCAGCACUGGAUAAUAUUCUUGGGGGCGGAGUACCCUUAAUGAAAACAACAGAAAUUUGUGGUGCACCAGGUGUUGGAAAAACACAAAUAUGUAUGCAGUUGGCAGUAGAUGUGCAGAUACCAGAAUGUUUUGGAGGAGUUGCCGGUGAAGCAGUUUUUAUUGAUACAGAGGGAAGUUUUAUGGUGGAUAGAGUGGUAGACCUUGCUACUGCCUGUAUUCAGCACCUUCACCUUAUAGCAGGAACACACGUGGGAGAGGAACACCAAAAAGCUUUAGAGGAUUUCACACUUGAAAAUAUUCUUUCCCAUAUUUAUUAUUUUCGUUGUCAUGACUACACAGAGCUACUGGCACAAGUUUAUCUCCUUCCAGAUUUCCUUUCAGAGCACUCUAAGGUUCGAUUAGUGAUAGUGGAUGGUAUUGCUUUUCCUUUUCGUCAUGACCUAGAUGAUCUAUCCCUUCGUACUCGGUUAUUAAAUGGCCUAGCCCAGCAAAUGAUCAGCCUUGCAAAUAAUCACAGAUUAGCUGUAAUUUUAACCAAUCAGAUGACAACAAAGAUUGAUAGAAAUCAGGCCUUGUUGGUUCCUGCAUUAGGGGAAAGUUGGGGUCAUGCUGCUACAAUACGACUAAUCUUUCAUUGGGAAGGAAAGCAAAGAUUGGCAACAUUGUGCAAAUCACCAAGCCAGAAGGAAUCCACGGUACCUUUUCAAAUCACACCUCAGGGAUUUAGAGAUGCUUUUGUUGCUACUGCAUGUUCAUUGCAAACAGAAGGUCCUUUGAAGUCCCAGAAACGGUCACGAGAACCAGAGGAAGAGCAAUAACCCAAAAACCAAUCUUAAAGUAUACAAAUGUAUUGGUGCUAUGAAAUUCAUUGUGCAUAAGUAGUAGAAUCAUUACCUUAAAAUAUAAACACACACUAUGGCAUGAAUGAGUCAGGAUUAUAUGAAGUGAUUGGAAAAAAUACUUAAGGAAUAUAAUUCUCUGAAAAAGUUUUUCUAAAGCAGUGUUCUAUAAUUAUAUUUUGCCGUGUUUUCAUUUUCAGGAACGUUGACUAGAGAUGAUGUAGGUAUUGUUUCAUAAAUGUGGAAAGCUGAUUUCCUGUGGCCAGUCUGAAUUUAUCAUUCAGACUGUUUUUCUCUCUUUCUUUCCAAAUCUCAUAGAAAAUCCUAGGAAGAAAAGAUUUUUUCAUAUUCUUACUAUGUUUUCCUCGUUAAAUAUAGCUUUGAUAAUUCUUAAAAAUGACCUGUUUUUGUUAUUAUAAGAGGUAGUUAGCACCAUGAGUCGGCCUGUCACUUUUAUGGGUAAGAUACAAACUUUAGAUGACCACACUCUAAGCCAUUUGUUUAAUUUUUCAUGUUAUAUUUUAUAAUGUAAAAGGGAGGACUUUGGAGCUAUUACCUCAUCUAGAAAUUGUUUGGAACGUAUAUCUUCCAGAAUAGAUUGAUAAGCUCACAAUUAUUUAUGUCUACAUUUUGAGACAUGGUGUGAUCUAUUCUAGAAUUCUACGUGUAUUAACAUUUUCCUUUGAAUAAUUUUAAUCCUGCUUAAGUAAAUUAAAAAGUUUGGAUUCUU